AUGGCAACAAUUCUGCAAGCAGUUCGCCCUUUGCGUGCUGCUCGUUUUCUGCAGCCGGUGCGUUGGAACUCAAAUGAAGUCCCACUCAUCGAUCCUUCGCGCAUGAUCCAAAAGCCUGGCUUCCAACCAUCCACUCGCAAAUCGAAAGGUGCUACCCUCAGGCCACAUCUCGGCGUCGAGGUAGACCCGAACCAUGGUCUUUGGGCUUUUUUCAGAAAGAAGGAGGUCGACGGGGAGAUGGUGUAUGUGAGUCUUGAAGGAAGAGAUACAUUCCAAGAUGAUCCCGCGAGGUCAUGGAAAGCAGCAGAACUUCGGCGAAAGGGCUUCAAGGACUUGCAUACGCUUUGGUAUGUUCUCCUGCGAGAACGGAACCUCCUUGCUGCCCAGAGAGAGGAGGCGAGACGACUUGGUGUCAGCAAUCAUGAGAGUCUUGCUGGCGUUAAAAAGGAUCUUCAAUGUCGGAAAUCGAUGGCACGUAUAAAAUACGUGAUUAACGAGCGAAGACUACUUUACGAGAAGUAUACUGCUGAAUUGGAAGCUAAACGCCAGCUCGUGGCAUCCAAGUCGAAACCAACGACAGUCGGUGUUCAGCCAUCUCAAGAUAAAGAAAAUGUUCCUCGUACGCGUGCUGAGAGGCUGAAGGCACGGUGGACUAAGAGGUCGAGUACACCUAUUACUGUGUGA